AAGAGCCUUUCCAUAUUCAAAGUCUCAAAAAAAUUUCACAAGUUUGUUUUUGCUUUCAGUGUCCCAUAUUUAGAAUCUAUUACAACAUGGGUUUCCGCUUGCCUAGAAUUGUUACUGCUAAGCAAAGUCUUCAGCGAUCUUCAUCAACAGGAAAUGGAGCAUCUCCAAAAGCUAUUGAUGUCCCUAAGGGCUACUUUGCAGUUUAUAUUGGUGAGGAACAAAAGAAGCGUUUUGUCAUACCACUAUCUUACUUGAACCAGCCUUCUUUUCAAGAUUUGUUGAGUCAAGCAGAAGAGAAAUUUGGAUACAAUCAUCCAAUGGGUGGCAUUACAAUUCCUUGCAGUGAAGACUAUUUCCUGGAUGUUACCGAGAGGUUGAAUGACUCAUGAAGCAAAGAGAUUAGUAUCUAGAAAUAGAUAGUAUGUAUAAAGGAUUAGAAAAGUAUAAAAUGUAGACUGUAUACAUUUUUUAAAUGAAAAACUCGAUUCUUUAUGAAGUUUA